AACAGAAAAUUAUAAUAAAAUGUAAAAAUGAAUCUCCAUUGUUUGUGCAUCUCUUGAAAAAAGUACUUAAUAUAUACACUGUGUACAGUUAAAUGUAGUCUAAAACAAACAAAACUCAUAAUAUUGCAAAAUUAUUUUAUUCAUCUGCCUUUUCUGAAUUAAAAUCUCAUUUUGUAAACAAAAUCAGUGAGAAAACAACCUGCCAAACAUAACAAACAAUGUUUAAUACAGGAUGUUAUUAUCCACCAUUAUUGCUCUUUACUGUGUGGAAAAAUAAUUAAAAAGACAUUUUGUACUUUUUGUUAUAAAAUAUUAGAAAAACAAGUCCGAAAGGCGGAGUUAGUUUGAGUCAAUUAAAGCUAACACUGGUUGCGCAAUUCAGCGUUGGACAAAAACGUUGCAAAAAAAAAAAAAAAAAAAAAAAAAGUUGUUGUCAAACGUCAAAGAUCACGAUUUCUCAAGUAAAAAACACCGAAAUGGAUACUCCGUCUCCAUCUAAACACACUUUGUAUCAUAAUGUGUCUAAUUUCAUCGGGCACGACAGUUUAAUGUAUUGAUUUCUUUGAAACGAGGAAGAGCAAAGCAGUAGCUUCCCCAUGGCCUGCUGAUGCAGUCACUAAUGACAAAUGCAAUGAUUUUUGUGAGCUAGCUCGCUACAGGCUAGCCAUUGCCCCUUUUAAACGCUGCCGUGCAGCAGAGGAGUCUGUCUGCCCGCCAUUAGCCAACCCAACAGCAACGGACAGGAUGGCGAAUACACCCUUAGUAAAGAUUUUCUCUUUUUCUACUCGUUAAACCAGCUUUCAUUGGGGGAAGUGGAAUAUUCCUCGUCGUCGAGCGAACGACCGAUAUUGCCAAGUUUGUUACAGGGCACAACGUCGUUUUCAGGUCGAAGUGGCGAAGGAAAUAUAUUGAGAACGGAAAUUUAGUAAAAAAACAAAGAUGGAGACAGUUCCUCUCUCCCAGAGCUUCAAAGACGACAGAAUGACAACAUGGCGAUUCCUGAGACACAAUAAUAAUCAGUCAUUUUUGGAAAAGAUGUAACUACAUACUUGGAAGGAGUCCAUUCAUGUGUCUGGUGGGAGUUUUAUCAGCUGAAGAGUUAACUGUAUGCAGACAGGAACUCAACUCUUGAUACUGGAGGUGCUGGACUUAGAAUGGAGGAGACGUUGCAACAAGGGAAACCAGAGUCAGAAUAUAAAAAUCAAAAUGAAGAAGAAGGUGGUAUCCGUCGCCGGUUACGGGACAGGGACCUACUCAGGAAGAGAAAGGCUGAAGCAGAAGAGAAGGAGACUAACCAGUGGGUUUUUGGGGUUGAGAGCCAGAGGAAAAGACCAAGAGCUGAGCAGAGGAGCGGCUCAAGGAAGAGAGGGAGGCCCAGGAAGAGUGAACCCACGCCGGAGAUCCCUUUCACUCAGGAGGAAACAGCACCAGCUCAGGAAGCUCCUGCUGUAGUGGUGGUGCCUGAACCUGCGGCGGUGAUCCCUGCUCAAACAUCAGGCUCUCUAACCCCUUUACUUUCUGUGGGCAGUGACACGUGUGAUUUACCACCAGUACCUGUCCCUGCCGUUCCUGCUCCUAUGCCAUUGUUUGGGUCUCUGCAAAGCCCUUUCUUUUUUGCUCCCACUCUGACUUCUCCCCCUGCUCCAGCUCCAGUUAACCCGACUCCAGCCCUUGUUUCACCCUCAGUUCUUCCUCCUUCUCCCGCCAAAGUUCCUGCCCAAGAUUCGUCUCCAGCUCCAGAUGCUGCUCCAGUCCCAGCUCUGUCACGAGCCCCUGUUCCAUCUGUAGCUCCCGCUCCUCCCAUAGCGCAAGUGGAGACCCUUUAUACAGAGUCACAAGGCAGGGAGGCCCUUGACCAGGUCCUGAUCGAAGACUUGGGUCCAGAUGAGGAGGAAGACAUCCCUCCAGCUGAAGACAAAAGAGCUGAUGAAGAUCUGAGUGAGACACCGCUGAUCAAUGUGCCAGAGCAAAAUAAAAUGUUCUCAAUUCCAACCAUGCCCUCGCCGCUUCCGCCACAAGAAUAUCUCCCAGGAAAUUGAUUGUAAUUUUCUAAAGCACACUUUCCAGAUACUGCCUCAGUUCAGACUACUUGUCUUUAUGGUCACAGUUUGUAUCUGUUAGUGUACAGCUUGUCGGCCUAAGAGAACAAACAUGAUGAGUGUAUGCAUUGCUUAUUUGAAAAAAAAAAGAAUGAAUUCAAACCAAGCCUGUAUGCUUAUUUAUUCUUGGUUUGUGCUUCGCUGCAACGCUUGUGAAUUUUGUAUUUUGAAGUUAAUACACAGCAAAAUUUCACCUGCUUUUAUUUAAAAGAAAAUGGUAUUAAUCACUGGUAACAAAAUGUUUGUAAUUGUAGAUUUAUUUGGAUGAAUUUUGUAAAAGUUGUUUUUCACCUAAUAAAAUAC